AUACCAAGAUACAGCAUCGAACAUACCACUUGUGUUUGUUUUAAGCACUGGCUCGGAUCCUUUUGGAGCUUUCCAAAAGUUUGCCACAGAGAUGAACAUGCGUGAUCGAGUGCAUUCCAUUUCGCUAGGUCAGGGGCAAGGUCCUGUUGCUGAAAGGAUGAUCAAUGGUGCGAAAAGUAAAGGCGAUUGGGUUUUCUUACAAAACUGUCAUUUGGCCGCUUCGUGGAUGUUAGGCUUGGAGUUAAUAGUGUCUAAUUUGGGUACCACUCAGGGUGGAGUGCUACAUGAUGAUUUUCGUCUAUAUCUCAGUUCGAUGCCAACCCCGAAAUUUCCAGUAUCGGUGUUGCAAAAUUCAGUAAAAGUAACAAACGAACCGCCAAAAGGUUUGAAGGCUAACGUAAAAAGAGCUUUUAUAGAAAUGGAUGAUGACUUUUUCGAAAAACAUGUAUUAGGUCAAGAUUGGCGUACGAUGCUGUUCGGUAUUUGCAUGUUUCACGCCAUAAUUCAGGAACGAAAAAAGUUCGGCCCGCUCGGAUGGAACAUCACAUAUGAGUUUAAUAAUAGUGACCGCGAAUGCGCCAUGCUCAAUUUGCAAAUGUUUUGUGAAGACGGUCAUAUGCCUUGGGACGCAUUGGAAUACAUUACCAGUUUAAUAACGUACGGCGGUCGGGUGACGGAUAUGUGGGACCAGCGUUGCUUGACAACUAUAUUAAAGGUUUUCUUCUCACCACCGACUCUCGAAGAAGGAUACGCCUACUCUUCAUCUGGCAUUUAUUAUUGCCCGAGGACUGAAAAAAUAGAGGAUAUUCGCAAUUACAUUGAUACUUUACCAGUCAUUGAGACACCAGAAGUCUUUGGCAUGCACGAUAAUGCAAAUAUAGCAUUCGAGAACAAAGAAACAACGAGUUUAGUACAAACAAUAUUAGACGUACAGCCACGAACAGGAGGCUCUGAAGGCGGCGACACUCCAGAUCAAAUCGUGUGGCGCAUUUGUGACCAGAUACGAGCCAAAAUAUCCAGAUCAAUUGACAAGGGCCUUAUGAAUCCAAAGUUAAUGAUACCAGAUGACAUGGGACAGUUACAUUCGCUGACCACCGUGCUGAUACAUGAAACUGACAGAUUUAACACUUUACUAGCUCUAAUACAUUCUUCGCUUAAUGAUCUCCAGAAGGCUAUCAAAGGUCUUGUGGUAAUGUCUGAAGCAUUUGAAGCAGUUUUCACUUCUUUCCUCAACAAUAAAGUGCCUGGCAUGUGGCAUAGAAAAGGAUAUAAUUCUUUGAAGUCACUUGGCAGUUGGAUCUACGACCUCACAUUACGAAUUGAUUUUGUGGAGAAAUGGCUCGUGGAAGGACUUCAACCGAGUAGCUGGGUGUCAGGCUUGUUCUUUCCGCAAGGCCUGCUGACGGGUUCACUACAAUCGUAUGCACGUCGUUACCGAGUGCCUAUAGACGCAUUGAUGUUUGACUUUUUCCCCAAAAAGGUCUUCUUGACACAGGAUGAUGUUUAUAUUGAAAAUAAGAAAAAGCCUAAACCUGUUGAGGGCGAACCUCCGGGUCCCACUGUUUACGGCGAUUUACAACUACCCGAAGAUGGUGUAAAUAUUCAUGGCUUGUUCAUAGACGCGGGCCGAUGGGACAUACAUACGAAUAAACUAGUUGACGCAUUUCCAGGCCAGACAAAUCCUCCGCUGCCGGUGGUAUGGUUCAAGCCAGUAUUGACGCUGCCAAAGCCUGACCCCCGGUACGAGGCUCCAAUGUAUAAAACAUCGGAGAGAGCGGGCGUUUUAUCCACUACUGGACACAGCACUAACUUCGUGUUGCCUGUACUGUUGCCGGCCAACAAACCUUCAAACUAUUGGAUCAUUCGUGGCACUGCCCUACUUACUCAAAUCACUGACUAA